CUCGCCCUAAUCCCCUCUCUCCUCUCUCUCUCUCUCUCUCUCUCUCUCUCUCUCUCCCAACCCACGAUCUUGUUGCCGAACGCCCUAUCCACGCACGCCCUCUCUCUCUCUCUAGCUCGGUUGAAGGCUAGCCCAUUCACGAACAUGAGAUGGAUCCUCUUUAAGCUUGGAUUGGGCCAAUGAUGCGAGAGCAUGCCGACAUUCACAGCGAUUGCAUUUGAUAGAUUAAUAGAACCUGGGCAUCCAAAAUCAAGUUCGAAAACUGACACAGUGGCAAAGCUGGAGAGGCAAUGUAGCCUGUCAACAGAGAAGAGAAACCACCGAGCAUAUAUAUCACCGGUGCUCUAUGCAACUCCCGAGGCAACUCCACUUCCAGAUUCCCCAACCUCGUUCACCCCCUCACCAUACAUCGUCAAUCAUAAGCGGCGCGGACCCCGUCUCCUGAAGACCCUUUCUCAGACCAAUGCUGUAGAUUGCCAACAAGUCAAUGGAAAAGAGAAGAUCGAUGAAGAUGGGGUGAAUGCAACCAGGGAUGUUUCUUGUACAGCAGCAGUUUCUAUCAGCAGCCCUAGUGAACAGGUUCAUGUCAAUGGUUUCCAAGAUAGGAAGCUCCAAGAUGAUAAUCCUGGUGAUGGUUUGGUCGGUGCUGAUGAAUCAACUAAAUCCUUACCUCUUGAUUCUGAGAGAGAUGGUGAGGGCGAAGAUUUCUUUGAUCCUCAAGAUUCCGUGAGCGUUGACACGGAGAUGGAGGAUAACGGUGGCAUUGACCGCAUGCGGAAGCCUAAUGCGCUUCUUGGGGAAUAUUUCGAUGCUUUUGAAGAACUUUCUACCGAGGGUACCCCCAAUUCUUCUCGCCGUAAUGUUGAAGAAGAGCUGCGGGAGAUAAGGUUGAAUUUCUUGAUGGAGAUUGAGAGGAGGAAGCAAGCGGAGGAAGCUCUUGUCAAGAUCCAGGAACAGUGGCAGAGGAUUACCCGACAGUUAGCACAUGUGGGGUUGACCCUCCCCGAAGCUUCCACCGUUCUAUCAGAGCAAGAUGAAUGGCCAGAUGUUGACCCUGCGGAAGAGAUGUGCCAACAAGUCAUUCUUGCACGGGCUGUGGCCAAUUCCGUCGGGAGGGGUGUUGCCAGGGCUGAGGUUGAGCUGGAGAUGGAGUCUCAGAUCGAGUUGAAGAACUUUGAGAUCACUCGGUUAUGGGAUCGGUUACAUUACUAUGAAACCGUGAAUCAUGAAAUGUCUCAAAGGAACCAAGAAGCUGUUGAAAAGGCCCGGCAACAACGACAUAGAAGGAAAAGAAGGCAGAGGUGGGUUUGGGGUUCAAUUGGCCUCGCAAUUAUGCUAGGUUCCACGGCCCUUGCGUGGUCUUACCUGCCAAGUACAAGUAGUUCAUCGAUCACGGCCUCUUCUAAUGCUUCCAAGAGUGAUGAGGUUGCCAGCCACAAACAUUCGAGGUAAGUUUGUUGGAGGUAAAGGUGUUGAUGUUGGAGGAAAAAGAGUCGAGGCCUUAAAGAGUUCAACCGACGCUGCUUUGUGCCUCAACUUGAAUGGUCCCAGGUUCAUUUCCUACAGGUUCUUGAAAAUAAAAUCAAAUGCAUUCUGCUGUGUAGUAAUUUUCCCUUUCUUUUAUUAAAAAAUGGAAUACAUGUUGUUCUUGAGUAAUGUUCUCAUGCUUUUCUUUCCUCUUAAUCUAUUCUCCUCUUUUCUUUUUCCUCGUUCUUUUCCCCAUGGACAUAGCAAUAAGUAUAAGCUUGGAUUGCUUCCACGAGUGAUCUAUGUGACUGGUUGAAUCCAGAUCAGUUCUUGUAUUUUGAAUCCGAGUACUGAUUUUGAAGCUUCUGCUGAAUCCCACUCGAGUCCUGAAGUCAUCUUCCAAUCAGAGGCUCACAUGAUGCCAUCGAACGGUCAGUUGUGAAGUCUUAGCACAUGUAUGCCUUUUUUACGUCACUCCUUACCAUUGCUCAAUUGGGUGUGGUUUGAUAUCGCUUUCUUUGGUGUUUUUGCUAA